AUGCCGGAGAUCGUCAAACGGCGGUUCUACCAGCAAUAUGUCCAAGCAGACACCAGUGCCUUUGUGUCGCAAAACGUGCCGUCCACGCUCCAGAAGAUGAUCGAGUUAGCCCAACGAUUUGAAGAUGCGUGUGGUGCUGCUAGCGCCUCUAGCGCCUCUAGUCAGGCCACGAAGGUUAAAAGGGACCAGAGCAAACCCCAAACGCACGGUAAAUCAACGGCAUCAAAGAAGAACCAAGGUGGUCAGACGAUUUCUCAUUAG